AUGUCAAAAAAUUUCGGACCCUAUACCACAGCCGAAGAAGCUGCCUCCGUCUUUGCAUCUCAGAUUAAAGGGAAGCACGUCUUGAUCACCGGAUGCACAUGGGGUGGUCUGGGUAGCGAAACAGCUCGCGUUGUCGCCAAGUAUGGAGCAGCUCUCGUCGUUCUAGCUGGUAGGAGUCAAGGAUCCAUAGAUACGACUAUUGCAAACAUCAAGCAAGAGACCCCGACUGCCAACCUUCGCAGCGUUAUCCUUGAUCUGGCAAGUCUGGAGUCCGUUCGACAAGCUGCCGCGGAAGUCAAUGCCUAUGAAGAACCUAUUGAUGUCCUGAUUAACAAUGCUGCAGUCAUGGCCUCUGAAUAUUUCCAAACUCAAGACGGUUUUGAAGGACAAUUUGGAUGCAACCAUCUUGGGCACUUUGUGUUUACCAACUUGAUUCUUUCAAAAAUGUUGGAGUCUACUACUGGAGAGCCUCGUGUUGUCAAUGUUGCCAGUUCAGGGCACCAUUUCGCACCUAUCAUGUUCGACGAUCCCGCAUUUUCUGAGGGCAAGACUUAUAAAAAAUGGGUUGCGUACGGCCAAUCCAAGACGGCCAAUAUACUGUUCGCCAAAGAAUUGAGUAAUCGUUACAACAAUAAGGGCUUGCUUGCGUAUAGUCUUCAUCCUGGAAGUAUCGACACCAACCUUCAGAGACACAUUGAUCGUGAUGUUGAAAUGAAAGCCGGAAUGCUUGACUUUCAAGGCAACUCCAUAAUCACACCUCAGUUCAAGUCAUUUCUGUAUCGCAAGACAGUCGAACAAGGCGCAUCCACCACCGUUGUUGCGGCAUUUGACCCAUCCAUCAAAGAGCAAUCUGGUUUGUUUUUGAACAACGCACAAGUCGACGUGUCUUCUGUAAAGUCUUGGGCUCUCGAUGACGACGCUGCACAACGACUGUGGUCACUUAGCGAGGAUAUGGUUGGACAAAAGUUCCCGCUGGCUUAAAAAAUUAUGGUCAUUUACCAUGGUAUAGAAAUUCUCAUGGCUAUUCACGAUUUCUCCAUACGCAUGCGUUUGAAAAAGGGAAGGCUGACAGUGUAUAUAGAUUUUUAAGAGUGUGCUGGCAAACCAUUUGAGGACCGAUGAGGAUCCUACAGCUCAAUAGUAAGUUCGCCACUACUCUUCCACUUCGUUGAUGUUUUAAAUAAAUGCACUCUAGCAGAUGACUAUCUACUAUCUUUGUCAUGAAAUAAUCACUUACAAAUGGUGCGCGCUGACAAGACUAGCGGUAUUCCGAAACCCAGUGGCGAAAAUGAAAUGAUAUUAAAU